AGAGGAGUGUGUUGUGUGCUUGCUGAUGCUGCUACCGCACACGGCCUCAUCCCAUCAGACGAUCAUGCUCCUUCAGAGAGGCCUAAACCUCCAGGUCACUGCAGGGGGACCAAGCACAGCGAGCACUGCGAUGCCAGGCAGAUAAUGUGUCCUACUUUUAAUAGUACCGGCAAGCAAAGGCGAGGAUGGCAAAGAGAGAUUACUUGGUGGAGGCAGCCAAGCAGAUCCACAUGGCUCUGGACAGCGAGGUCAACGAGGACUAUGAGGCUGCUUUCAGUUAUUACAAGAAUGGCGUGGAUUUACUGCUGAACGGGGUCCAGUUGGACCCAAACAAGGAGCGUCGGGAGGCUGUGAAAAGGAAAACAACGCAGUAUUUAAAGAGAGCAGAAGAAAUCUUCAUCACACAUCUGCAGGACAAUCUGGGGAAGGGGAGUUCUCAUUUAGGGGGCUACAGCAGUCUGAGAUUCCGCCCAGUAAGACAUUUGAGUUCUCCUGUAGAAGAUCUGGAGAUGUGUAAGGUGGUGGGAGUCAGUGAUAAGGUCCUAGUGGUCCAAAGUAUGGUGAAUAAAGAGACAUUUGUUGUAAAGAGUCUGAUGAAGUCCAGCUGGGAGAGCAGAGAGCAGCCGACCAUCAUCCCUCAAGGAGUUCCCUACAUGGUAAAGCUGCUCAGGUAUUACGUCAGUGAGGAUGCUGUUUACCUCCAUCUGGGACAUGUCAAAGGUGGAAGGCUCUUCUCUAAACUGCACACGCUAAGGAAGGAGAGAGCAAAGGAACACCCAGAAUGCAUCUCUCCCGGUCAGAAUAACAUCAAGAUGAAAAGCAGCUACACUUCACCUGCAAUCUGCACAGACUACCAGUGCACCGUCAGUGUGGAAAGUGCUCCUCAGAAGCUGAGCGACGAGAGCCCGGACGUGGACGAGCCAAGGACCUGGGAUGAGACUCAGCGGCGUCUGGAGAGCUGCGGCACGCACUCUUACAUCGAGGAGACGGGCUGCCUACAGAACUCACGCUCUGCAGCGUCAUUUUACACCAAGCUGGAGCGUGGGACUCUGCUCUCUGGUCCGGCAAGAGCACAGGUCAGCGCCAGCAUUCAUCCGCCAGCUCCGACUUUGUGUUUGCACUCUUCUCAAACUCAGGACAAGCUCGCUCUUCCUCUGUCCUGUGCUCGCAUCAGCCAAGCUCUGGACACCAUGUCAGAACUGCAGGAUAGUAAAGCUGGAGUCGGACUAUUAGAAUGCAGCUCGGAUUUUGAAGUGGCUUGGAAAGCUGCUGAUCCAGCACGGGGAGGCGAGCAAGCGAGCCAAUAUGCAGUCACAGACAACAAAACCUCGUUUAGAAAAACUGAACCUCCAAACAGUACAAGUCACAUGUUGAGCUCCUCUCCCGCCAUUUUGCAUCUCCCCCUUCAUUGCCAAACGCAAAUCCACGGAAUGGCAUCGUGGGAUACCACCGCCUAUUACCAAGCAGCUGACCAGGUGACAUACUUGGAUGCAAAGCCAGCCAGCAGCAGUCCUACCUUGGAGGAUACAAAUGGAGUGGUGGUCUUGAGUAGCACAGACCAAGCAGUGUUCUCAGACCACAGGGAGCCACGGACCACCUCAGGAAGCUCCUGGCCUUUCUCUGCUAGGAAACAUACAGAGAUGAAGCCCAGAGGAGAAACAGGGCCAGGUGACGUGAGAGAAGGUAUAGAGGAAGCCUGUGAGAUGAUCAGUCCAGGACAGGUGGUCCCUGCGCCGUCAGAGGGGUCCUUUUCCAGCUGGUACUCCCCUCGCCUCCUUGGUGCCCAAAAGAGGACAGAGCAGGCACCAGUCAGCACUGAGGAACAAGGAGACGACCAAAUCAUUGAGGUGGACGGAUGGUGCCACCUCCCUCGGAUCAAAUCCUCAGAUAAGUCGACUCACUGCGCCUGCUGGGGGCUCCCUGAAUCGGAGGUGCGCGUGUGGGGGGCUCAGAUUCUGCUGGCCCUGGAGAGUCUUCAUCAGCAGGGCAUCGUAUGUCGGGACCUCAGCCCCAGAAACGUGCUGCUCACCAGCAAUGGGAAGGUGUGUUUGACUUUUUUUGGGCAGUGGAGUGAAGUUCAGUCAGAGAUCAACUCCAACGCCAUGGAGCAGAUGUACUGCGCCCCAGAGAUCGGUGGCGUACUGAGAGUCACAGAAGCUUGUGAUUGGUGGAGUCUUGGAGCUUUGCUGUUUGAACUCCUCACAGGAAUGCCCCUUUGGCAGCUUCACCCAGCAGGAAUUACCUCCCACACACAGCUGCUCAUCCCGGACCACCUGAGCACCGCAUCUGCAUCCCUGCUGACCGAGUUACUUCAGUUUGACGCUGGGUAUCGCCUGGGGUGUGGAGGUGGAGGUGUGAGCGACAUCAAGUGUCAUCCGUUCUUCAGUAGCGUCUCCUGGAAAGCCCUGAGCUGCUGACUGCUUCACUCGAGGCCUCCAUGAAGAACAGCAUGCUCUCAUGUCCACAUGUCGGGUGCAGCCUGAGAGCUUGGUGACUUUGAAAGUGUAUGCUUCCCAAAGAAAAUAACAUCACAGUAAGUGAUGAAAAAAACCAAUCAAGUCCAACCAACCAACAACAUAAACCUAGUAAGUUAUUUAUUAGAGCAUAUCAGAAUAUUCUACUUUUUGAUGGCUGCUUUUAUGUCCAUGCUGGUUUACUAUCAACACCGUGUAUGGAAACAUUCCUUGGACCAGUCCUUCUCAAAAUAGUGGGGCAGUGCCGGGGGGGGGGGGGGGCAGGGCAUGCUUUUUGGCAAUACCACUAUAUGAUGAAGUGCAUGUAGCACUUGGCUUCACCUUAACCACAGUGGGAGACAAGGAAAGACUGGUGUGUUUAUUGUAAUGUUAAUAAGUUAUGCAAUGUCAUGCACAGGUAUGGUUAGAACAAUUUGAAAGACAAAUGAGACUGUUUAUAGUCACAGUGAGUGACUUUCUUCUUCCAAGGGGGCACGUAACAGAAAAUCAUUGAGAAGCACUUCCUUGGACUGACUUUCUUUUCACAGCACUUCAGGCAAUACAUGAAAUGAUGUAAUAGUCACAAUUUUUUAACACAUUCAGUGAAGUGAUCAUUGCCUGCAAACCAAACAUGACCACAAACAUAUUUUGGUAGGGUUGUUGAUUUUUUUACUAAAUCAAAUAAACCAAGCGGCACAAAGGAAAAAUAACACUAUAUGCACAAAUGUUAGUACCCAUUCAUAGUGUGUAAAAACAGUGUUGCAUUAACAUGUUCAUCAAAUAAAGUGCAAAUUUGCCAUUGGAUGUUUUUGCAUUGUUUUA